GUACUAUAAGUCGACUUGCUAAAAGCAAAAAAUAUGAAGUCGUUUAUACAAUUGUUUAUUUUAUUCUCCAUAAUAUUAGCCGGUCUAUUGGUUUUUUCCGACGGUUCGUGCCAAAUUAUGCGCCGUCCGGUCAAGGUGGACGAAGACAAGGACGUCUGGUUGCAAAUGCCAAACUUCCUGAUGGGAACCGUAGAGACGAAGUUAAGGGAUAACAAUAUAUGUAUCAAAGGAGUACACGUAUGCAAAAUCAAACACAGGGACAACCGUCGUCGCGUGGUACACAUGAUAUUUGAACAAGUUGCUGAAGAAGUGACGAAUAUGCUGGAUUUGUUCACUGGCAUGGUAAUCCAGAUGAUCCGGCUAAGAGAAAACUUUAUUUCUUUGGAAGAUCUUCUGAGCGUCAUCCAGUUGAUGGUGUUGAGAUUAAACACUUGCCUGGAACAUCUGUACGACAACGGAGUCAACGUCACUCAAGCCCUAGACAGGUACCUGUUUCUCAGGGACAUCAUGUUCGUAUACCAAGCCGAGUACGAAACCGACAAGUAUGGAGACGAUUUUCAAGAAAAAGUUUUGGACUUGAUCAAGAAGAAGACAAACAUCGAAUGGCUUCCGGUCGGUGGCGAGGACGUACCGCCAAAAACUUACUUAGGUAUGAUGGUCGAAGCGAAAACGAAAAUCAUCAGCUAUACAACGUUCUAUAAUGCAUGUUUUGGCUGUGGCUGGUUGAACACGGACAGACUCAAGUGGAAGACCCUGAUGAAAUCCCAAUCGAUCUGGGCGGUUACCGUUCAGCACUUGGUGUUCUCGGUGAACGGCAAAAGUCUUCGCCAGAGAUACGACGAAACGGCCGCCGAGGUGGACUCGACCAAAGUCAUAGCCUUUUACGCGGAAGUCGCCGAAACGGUUACCGUUCUGUUAGCUAAAAAGGCUUCAGAUGUUAUUCCGCUGUUGUUCGACUACUUGCUGGCAAUGAUGGACAGAGGUUCGCCAAACGAUGCAAUCAGACACCGCCGUUUGAACGCCGCAAUCGUAGUCUUAUCAGAACUGUUGCACGUCUUAAAAUCCUUCGAAAGCUUUAUGACAACCACGCUUCAUUUGGAAUGUCCAGCGCAAUUAUUGUUCAACGUCAUCGUGGGUCUCGACCUUGUCAUUAAACGUGGCUUAGACUUACUGGAAAAAAAUGUGUUGGAACGAGAUUUAACCAGGUUCAUGAUAUCUGUAAACCCGCACUUCGUAAAACCCGUGAAUUCGCCGGACCCAGCAGAGGAGCAGCUCGGCAUUACCGUUGUCAAAACUCAAACGACCGAAAAACUGGAAAAAAUCUUAAAAGACAUGAGGGCGAUUAUAUUGGAGAUAUCAUCCAUCUGCAAUGAAAUGCGACUUGAAUAAUAAGUUUAUAAUAACACGUACAUGUAUUUUGUAUUCGAAUACCAUGAAGAUUAUUUUCAUUCGAAAUUCAACAAAAAAGAUCCGUCGACUUUUAAAGAACUCGAUAAAUAUGACGAAUCGUUACGAGCUCAGGGCCAGACUGUCUUGGCGAUGCUCGACGACCUGAUGACGGAAAACGACCAAAAAUCUUUCACCCUGCCUGAGGCCAUAAUGGCUAUCAAUAUAUACCUGAACAAUGUUUCCAAUACAUUACUGGUACGAACCUUCUUGGAAGUGUACGAACCAAAGGAUAGCCAGUACAAUGAGGUAGAUGUUUACAAAAAUGAAUUCCAAAAGGCUAGAACACAUAUAAAAGCUAAGUUAAGACAGAGCAUCGGUGAAAAUUGCACCGGGUUGACCCCGGAAUCUUCAUAUUAUAACAUAAUAUCGCGAGACUCGAAAACUCAAAGUCAAGGUCACGAACGUUUAAAUGCAUUGUUGUAUGAUCGAUAUAGUUAUGCAUAUGACAACACUCUCAAACAACUCGAAUUGUAUGCGGACACGUUUAGCGAUAGCGAUUUGGCGGUAAAGUAUUUAAUGUCGCCAAUUUUGAACAGACAAACGUACGUGCAAUAUUAUCCGCAACAAAUGUUGUUCUACGAUAUGUUGUAUCGGGCCGAACUCGAUAUCGACCAAGUGAACUGGUUAAACAACAUCGAACCCGACGAUUUGGAACUGCUGAGGGACGUCACGUUGGUGACCAAAUUGAAAGACGGCACAAAUCCAGACAUAGAGAUACUGUUUUCGAUGGCACAGCGGUGUUUCGAAGUCAAAUGUGUUGAGGCGUUCCAACAGCAAGUGCUGGCGGCAACGGCCCAUCCCCUGAUGUUGUUGGUCGGUUCGUACGUGUCUUUAGUCAAACAUAUGUUUUACACGGGUGACGACAAAUUCGGCGGCGUCUCCACCAGGGUAGAGUUGUUCGGAGAGCGAAUCAACGAUUUGGGCGAGUUCAUACUGAACACGAUGGUCGGUUUCAUACGUUUGGGCCUUUAUACGGAAAAUGAUUUGGAUUAUUUAAAGCAAACCGCACUGGAGCUGGACAAUUUGGUCAAAUACAACGAUAAAGAAAACAUACAGGGGGUCAAACCGAAUUGGAUCCGUCAAAUCUUCAGGCGUUGCUCCACUCCUAUGCAUGUUAACCUGCUGAAUGCAUCGAAUAAGGAGGAAGUCUUCACCAUCAACUCCGAAGAAAAUUGCAACAAUACAAUAAACGCGUUAAGAUUGAGAGCCGAAAAAGUAGGGAAAUACGUGGAAAAUUUGGACAAAUACAAAAGCUUUUAUCACAGGAUUAUUGGCAAUCGAUUUUUUUCUCACGAAAACAUUUUUCUGUACAGACCUGUGUACGAUAUUGUACAAUUAAACAGAAAUGGGUACCAAGUAAUUGUGGGGAGCAGACCUAAAAUUAAAUCACACGAAGGACCAAAUUUGAUGGAUGCCUAAAUUUAUUUGAAUUUAUAUUAUAUUAAUUUCGAAAGUUAGAAAGAUAACCUCUGUUAAAUGUCAAUAAUACAUAUGUUAUUGAUGUUUUAAAAGUUUUAAACAUGUAUGCAGAUACUAUUAUAUUAAAUACUAUAUAUUAUUAUUAUAACUACUAUUUUAUUUUAUGCACUUGUUAAGGGUUGU